AUGAAGCGGUGUUUAGUCCUGACAUCUGAGGCACAAAUGCCAGCGGUUUUACCCGAUUGGGCUAUAAAGAGGAAGACAAGGCUGGCUACCGCCUUGGACGGAUUGGGUUUUCGGCUUUCCAUUCUGGCGAAAAAGGUGAUAGGGGUGAGCGACAGGAUGAUGGGAAUUCAACCAAAAGAAGCGCUAUAUCGCAUACCAAGACUCCUUACUGUUCAUGGCGUCCGUCCAACGGUAAUGGAUAAUGUUUUUAUUGCACCCAGUGCUUUUGUCUCGGGUGAUGUUAGAAUUGGGCGGAAAAACUACAUUGGGUAUAAUGCUAUUCUUCGCGCUGAAAGGAAUGAAACGAUCUACCUUGGUGAAAGUUGUAAUGUCCAGGAAAAGGCUGUUGUGACAGGAAACACUACUGUGGGAAAGUGGACAACUAUUGAACCCAUGGCCAUAGUUGAGUCAGCGGAUAUAGCGUCCUGCUCAUUUGUUGGUGCAAACGCCAUUGUUAUGAGAGGAGCAAAGAUAGAGUCAGGUUCAAUGCUUUGUGCAGCUUCCGUUCUUCAGUCAGGUGCUGUUCUUCCUUCUGGAGAAAUGUGGUCUGGAAAUCCAGCUGAAAAGGUUAGGGAUUUGACCGAAAAAGAAAAAGAGGAUAUAGUAAAGGCAGCAAAGCAUAUGGUUCUUCUUGCGAUAGAACACCGGGAUUCAUGGGAACUUACUUGGGAGGAAUUAGAAGACCAACGUGAAGCUCGUGAGCAGUUUGCCCGUUACGCGGAAAACAAUCGAGAGGUUCGAACAAAACCCAUGUACAUCAAGGAGCCUCCACGGCCGAGUAGAAAGGCUAUGGGUAGGAAAACGCCUCAGGAGAUGUUGGAUGGCGGGGAACAUAAGCCACCCCUGUCAGACAGUAUUCACCAGGGGUACUGA